GCAAAAUAAAGAAGUAUUGAACGAAACUCAAAAGCGUAUUUUGAACAUUCUGAAAAGUAUAGGAGCCCAAUAAUACAUAAGCAAGAAUUAGGGGCUUUAUACGAAAUUAAUAAAAAUAUGCAAACAAUUUCCAAAUAUAUUACUAUCUCAUAAAAAAAAAAAGGAAAGAAAUCUUUGGGGUCUCUUUCAAAGCAUAAGCUUUUAUAGUUUUGAAUUGGAAAGGUUGGUCUUUGUUGUAUAAUAGUGUUGUAAUUUUGUUCCAUGAAGGUCACCGACCCCAAUACCAAAUAGCCUCUCUUCCUCUUUCGAUCUCCCUUAUUUAUUGACUUAAUUAAUUAAUUAUAAUAUAUGGUAACUCAUAUGAUCUUAUUAUAAGUUUGGGACUCCCUCUUACAUGUUUUCUUGAAUUAAUAGUUCUUUCUCUUCAUCAGAAAAUCGUGCUUUCCCUCUUUCUUGGCCAAGCUGUUUUUACUAUUUAUUUAUUAUGAUUAUUGGCCAUUGAAAGAGGGAUUGGAAUUGUGGGGUUGAAUUCUUGAAAAUGAAAAGAGCAAAAUUAGAUAUGUUUGUGUCUUUAAGUAGGCAAAGAUUUGUCCAAGUUUUGAUUUUUAUAGGAUUUGUUUAUGUUGUUUUGGUGGGUUUAGAAAUUCCUUUUGUUUUCAAGACUGGGUUUAGUUUAGUUUCUCAAGAGGGUUUUGAGAAAAACCGCCAUUUGAAUUCCAAAAGUUUUGUUCUUGAGAGUGAAGAAGAUAUGGAAGAAAGAAACGCACCUAAUCGGCCUCUUGAUGUGCCUGUUAGGGUCAUGGAUGGAUCGAGGCCCGAGAGGAGGAAGAUUAGAGAAGUGCAGAAUUUGUUGUCGAAUUUAGUGUUUGAUGGGAGUUCAGUGAAUAUGAAUAGCAGUGAUGGGUUUUCGGGGAUUUUGAAGUCAGCAAAAGAAGCAUUUAACGUAGGGAUAAAGUUCUGGGGAGAACUUGAAUUGCAUAGACAAGAAGCGGUGGUUCCUGUAGAUAAUGAUAGUAAGAAGACAGAAGAAUGUCCGCAUUCGAUUUCAAUAUCCGGGUUGGAAUUUCAGGAGAAAGGGAGAAUGCUUGUGUUGCCAUGUGGGCUUACAUUAGGGUCCCAUAUUACAGUUGUUGGGAAGCCACGGAAGGCGCAUCCGGAGCAUGAACCGAAGAUAUCUUUGUUGCGAAAUGGCCAAUACUUGAUGGUUUCACAGUUUAUGAUGGAGUUACAGGGUUUGAAGACGGUUGAUGGCGAGGACCCACCGAGGAUUCUCCAUUUCAAUCCGCGAUUGAAGGGUGAUUGGAGUGGGAAGCCUGUGAUUGAACACAACACUUGUUAUAGGAUGCAAUGGGGAACGUCUCAAAGGUGUGAUGGCUUGAGGUCCAAGGAUACUGAGGAGACUGUUGAUAGGCAGGUUAAAUGUGAGAACUGGAUUCGAGAUGAUGACGACAAUCAGUCCGAGCAAUCAAAGUCAUCAUGGUGGUUAAACCGACUUAUUACAGGGCGGACAAAGAAGAUGUCUAUUGAUUGGCCAUAUCCAUUUUCAGAGGAUAAGUUAUUUGUUCUAACGCUUAGCGCUGGCUUUGAGGGUUAUCACAUAAAUGUUGAUGGUAGGCAUGUGACCUCAUUUCCAUAUCGAACUGGAUUUUCCCUUGAGGAUGCCACUGGUUUGUCACUGAACGGUGACAUUGAUGUUGAUUCAGUGUUUGCUGCCUCCUUGCCAGCAACACAUCCUAAUUUUGCACCUCAGAGGCAUCUUGAUAUGUCAAACAGAUGGAAGGCACCGCCUCUCCUUGAUCAGCCUGUAGAUCUGUUCAUUGGUAUUCUUUCUGCUGGCAAUCAUUUUUCUGAGCGAAUGGCUAUAAGGAAGUCUUGGAUGCGGCAUCAGCUAAUCAGAUCUUCUAAUGUUGUCGCUCGAUUCUUUGUUGCAUUGCACGCAAGGAAGGAGGUAAAUGUGGAGCUAAAGAAAGAAGCAGAAUUUUUUGGGGAUAUCGUCAUUGUUCCUUAUAUGGAUCACUAUGACCUCGUGGUUCUGAAAACUGUUGCCAUCUGUGAAUAUGCGGUCCGUGUAGCAUCUGCCAAAUAUAUCAUGAAGUGCGAUGAUGAUACCUUUGUGAGGGUGGAUGCUGUUAUCAAGGAAGUUAAUAAAGUGCCUGAAGAUAGGAGCUUAUAUAUUGGAAAUAUCAAUUUCCACCAUAAGCCCCUGCGUAGUGGUAAAUGGGCAGUGACAUAUGAGGAAUGGCCAGAAGAAGAUUAUCCGUCUUAUGCAAAUGGACCUGGCUACAUAAUUUCAUCAGACAUCGCUAACUUCAUUGUCUCAGAGUAUGAUAUCCAUAACUUAAAGUUGUUCAAGAUGGAGGACGUGAGCAUGGGAAUGUGGGUUGAGAAAUUCAAUAGCUCGAGACCUGUCCAAUAUGUACACAGCUUAAAGUUCUCCCAAUCUGGAUGUAUAGAAGAUUAUUAUUCAGCUCAUUAUCAGUCACCUCGGCAGAUGAUAUGCAUGUGGAACAAACUGCAACAGCUAGGACAACCGCUGUGCUGCAACAUGAGAUGACAAAUAUACUCCAUUCAGUGAAAAGUUAACUGAGCAUAGACAAGUUUUGCAGUUAUAGAACCAUCAUCUGUAAACUUUGUGGUAUCCUCAGUUCUAGAUAUGAUAGAGGCUCUGAUUGUUAUAUCUACCCUCUCUUCUCUGACAAUUUUUUGAAUACAUAUUUUCAAGCUCAUCUGUAUAGAAGUAGGGACAUAUAUGUGCAAAGGGAACAAAUCCAUACUUUUUAUCUGUCCUACAUAGCAUAGAAUGAAUUAGAGCUUGAGUUUCCACGCAA